UUUCCCUCCUUUAUUAUUCUCUUUCAUUCCCUUCCAUUCGCGUACUCUUCACUCUCAGAUACUCAAUUUUUUUGGUUCACGAAAUCCUCUCUUUCUUCGUUCUUCGUCAAGGAUUUAGUUCGAUAUUCAAACGGAGUCGCACUGAACUCAACUGACCGGAAAACGUCGCCAUCGCUGCCAACCGUCGCGAAUAACAGCGGCCGUCUCUCUCGAUCCUCCUUCUCUGUCCAUAUCGAUCUCGUGUGUAGUCCAGUAAAGAUACUCAACAUGUAUGGGAGAAAAGCUUGCCAACUUGUGAAAGAAUUCGCAAGUGGAGAAAAAGGCCAGCUCACACCAUUUAAUAAUGACUUGUUUGAACAAGUAGUUUCAGAAUGCAGUCAACAUCACCUUGAGCUUCAGUCCUUGAUAAGGAAGAUGCAGGAAGAAGGUUUGGAUGUCCAAACGGCUAGAAAUGCUGAUCACUACGGAGCUCUCAUCCAUCUAUUUUCUAUAGUCCGAAAUAAACGUUGUCUAACAGCCUAUGUGUAUAACCGAGCAGAAACUGUACGUAACUUGUUAUGGAAGAUAGGGCCUGUGCUUCCUAAAGAAAUUGAAGAGAAGCUUAAUCAUUGGGAGGAAGAGUAUUUCAAGAAGCACUCUGCAGCAUUGAAAUCUUAUAUGUCAAAAGCGUUGGUUGAUCUUACUGUGGAUAUGGUGCCACCAAAAGAUCCAUAUAUUCAAGUAAGGGUCCUUGAAGACAUAAGAGAAGGCAUUGUACUUAGUGAUGAUAAGAAUCCCAAUUUCGCCCGCCAUUCCAUGCACUUUCUGAAGCGAACCGAUGCAGAGAAAUAUAUCUCAAGGGGCUUAAUGGAGGAACUUACUGGUUGACCCGUUAGUCCUUUACUUGAAAAAAAUGUAGAUGAAAAGGCUGAUUUUGAACUUGAUAUGUUGGAUUAAUUUUCAUAUUUAAUAACUUUUAUCAACAUUUUUGUGUAUAUUGCUUCAAAAAUUUCUUAGUUUGCGCUUUCUUUGUUUUCAUAGUUAAAAGUUAUGUUAAUUGAAAAA